CGUCACAGCCGAAAAUGACGCCAACAUUGUCUUCGCUCGGCUUCUGUGCCUUUUUGUCGUGAUGGAGGCAGAAGGAGAGACAAGGCGGACGCCAGUAGGCUUCUCUAGCGCCCACUGACACCUCGACGGCCGGCAGGAGGGGACAGGAGACACCCGCACGCUGCCGUGGAGAGAAGCUGACGUCCGGCAUCAGCGGUUGAAGGUCCAGUCCGAGGCCAUGUUGACUUGUCACGGCCUCCUCCGCUCUCUGGUCCUGGCCACGGUCCUGCUGCUGGGUCCCGUGCCCCCGGUCUACGGUCAGGAGGAGUCUCCUGCUCAGGUGCUGUCAGACCUGCUGUCUCGCUACGGGGACAACAGUACCAUCAGUGUUCCUCAGCUGCGCUCCCUGCUGGGGCUCCUCGGUCAUGGAGCCACGCCCCCCAGGUCAAACAAGUCCAAGUGUCUACCUGCAGACACCCUGGCCCUCUACAGCAUGGACGAGCACUCACGUCUGGAUGGGCGGGGCUUACACACCUUGUGUCCCACCUUACUGCAGCAGCUGGAUGCAGGCACCUGCCGGGCGCAGAAGGAGGAGGAGCCUAGCACCCAAGUCUCACCCAGGCCCACUGACGCAGAAGUGUGGGGCUAUGGCAUCCUGUGUGUGACGCUGAUCUCGCUGUGCUCGCUGGUGGGGGCCAGCGUGGUGCCCUUCAUGAAGAAAACCUUUUACAAGCGACUGCUGCUCUUCUUCAUAGCGCUGGCCAUCGGCACGCUCUACUCCAACGCCCUGUUUCAGCUCAUCCCAGAGGCCUUCGGUUUUGACCCCAAGGUCAACUUUUACGUGUCCAAGUCUGCCAUGGUCUUUGGAGGCUUCUACCUCUUCUUCUUUACCGAGAAGGUCCUGAAGAUGCUCCUCAAGCAGAAGCACACGGGUCACGGACACAGCCAGUAUUCGGCUGGCGAGCGAGAAACGGAGGAGGGCGAGAGAGAGAAGCUUCAGCAGAACGGCGAGGUCGGAGGUCACGGGGCGAGCAAGCCGGGCGAGGGCGAGCUGAUGCUGCGACCCUCCCAGACGCCGCAGGACGCUCAGAGCGCAGAUGGCGGGGGGCGGGGCAGCAGCUGCUAUUGGCUGAAGGGGACGGCCUACUCGGACAUUGGCACGCUGGCUUGGAUGAUCACGCUCAGUGACGGCCUGCACAACUUCAUCGACGGCCUGGCCAUCGGCGCCUCCUUCACCGCCUCCGUCUUCCAGGGCAUCAGCACCUCGGUGGCCAUCUUGUGCGAAGAGUUCCCCCACGAGCUGGGGGACUUUGUCAUCCUGCUCAACGCCGGCAUGAGCAUCCAGCAGGCGCUCUUCUUCAACUUCCUGUCGGCGUGCUGCUGCUACCUGGGCAUGGGCUUUGGCAUCCUGGCCGGGAACAGCUUCUCCCCCAACUGGAUCUUUGCCCUGGCAGGGGGUAUGUUCCUCUACAUCGCCCUGGCAGACAUGUUCCCUGAGAUGAACGAGGUGAGUCGUGAAGAAGAAGAUGCAGGUGGCAGCAGCUUCCUGCUCACCUUCACCAUCCAGAAUGGAGGUCUGCUGACUGGCUUCUCCAUCAUGCUGCUGCUCACCACCUACUCUGGACACAUCACCAUGGACUGACUUCUUCCUCUUCUUCUUCUUCUUCUUCUUCUCCUUCUUCUUCUUCUUCUCCUUCUCCUUCCUCUUCUUCUUCUUCUUCUUCUUCUCCUUCUUUUUCCCCUUCUUCUUGGUCAUAGCAAAGAUUCCUGGUCACAUCUGCUGCAGGUAAGAAGACUUGGACCAAGGACUUGUUGGCUGACAAGUGCAGUAAAUGCUGACAUCAGCUUUAUUUCUUCUACCCCAGAAUGUUUUUUUUCUUCUUUAUGAUGAAAUGAAGACGUCCAUCUUUGUUCAGGUUCUUCUUUAAAAACACCAAUACUUGUCAACUUCAA